GAGCAGCCAAUUGCCAACCCAUGGCAUAUGAUAUGCUCCCACUAUAGGCUCCUAUUCAAGUUUGAGGUCGGUUUCAAGCCAAGAAUCAGAUUUCAUGGAUAGAUGCCCAAAAAAUCGAUGGAUACCUUGCUUAAGCUGAUCAAACAUUACUGCUUUAUAUAGCUAUAGAUUAAUGUACCGCCACAUAUUUCCAGCUUUCGGCAAAAAUGGGAUUGGUUAUGAGUUUCAUGGGAGGAGGGUCGAUGUACUCGCAAAUGUUGGAUUACAUAUCAGGAAGAGUGUACGACGAGUUUGUAGCCAAAAACAUCAGAACCCGUGACGAUUUUCAAGUCGCCAUUCUCGACAUCUUCAACACUCUGAACACUGGAUUGCCUGGUAAACACUACGACGUGCCACCACGCGAUAAAGUAGAGGACUUUUACAAUGAUUGGAAAAAAGCUAAUAGCAAAGAUAAACAGACACGUUUCGUGAAUUUUAUGAAGGAGCAUGUGAAACCGAACAAGAUCGAUCGUGCAACAAUGAUCACAGGAAUAGUAACACCUCCGAUAGCCAUGGCGGCCAAAAGAAGUGGAGAGAAUGUGCCGCAGCUUAAGAUGAUAAAAGCCGUGCCAGACGCCUUAUUUGUGCCCUUCACAACAGUAGUGGCUCUCUUCUCCGUCAAGAUCACCAGAAGGUUUAUCACAUAGAAACCAUCUUAAUUAUGAUCUUUAUAAAUGUGCGUUUAAAUUCAUUGUCAGUGUAAAGUAUUCGUAUUGUUGAUUAAGACAUGAUUUGGCGUUGUAAAAACAAAAAUGCAAUACUUAUUUUAUGUUUAUUUAUUAUAAUACAGAAACUGAAAAGUUGGAUGAA